GCGUGAGUGUCUUCCCUAAAAGGCUAACUUUACGGGCUGGCGACCAAAGCAACACGAGGGAGCCGGGCGAAAUGUGAACGACACGGCGAGCGGAGGUCGUAGCAGCGCUUCUGGUUCUUGUGAAACAUUUUGUAGGCGAUCGCGUGCAAGCUGCAAGCAUGGUCAAGCCGAACGAUAACGAAGACGACGAAGUCGCGAACCACGUGCCACACAGCGCGUGCAAAUAGCCGGUAAGGGGCGAAGUCCAGGCACCCGGCGACACGGCUUAAGCGGCUCGGUCGGACGGGUGUGCUGCUAUCUCUGGGCGCGCCGGUAGUGUGGGCGGCUGGGCGACGCUUGCCUGUGGCCAGCUCGCUCGCUUGCUCGCCUUGUCCUGGCCAUCCCUCCUUCGCAAUAACCCAGAGAUGUGCGCCGCCGUCGAGGCCACGGAGAAGCCCAAGGACGCCGAUGACGCCGCCGGCAAGACCGGCGACGACGGCAUGAUCACCGUCUGGUCAGAGGCGGUGCUGCUCUUCAACGACGAUGGCCAGCGGCUUGAUUUCGCGCCCCGCGCGGCGGCCAGGGCUAUGCCCGGACUGCGAGAACAGAGGAAAACCCGUCAGUUCUGCGACGUCGUGUUCCGGGCGCCCGAUGGCUCGGAGACCUGGGCACAUCGGUUCGUGAUGGCUGCCAAGUAUUCUGCCUGCUUCGAGCUUUUCACUCUCACCAAGGACGGCAAGAGUCCCGAGCAGGAGUGGACCCCGCCCAUCAGGGUGAUGGUGCAAGACCUGGACAGCGACAUGAUCGAGCUGCUUGUCGGCUUCGCCUACCACACUCCGAUGCACGAGCGCGUCGGCCUGCACAAUGUCGACAAGGUACUCAAGCUCGCCGAGAAGCUCAAGUUAAACAAGAUACGGGAUCACUGCCUCGGCGUCCUCAAGAGAAACCUUGAACCGGAAAACUGCAUCGACACUUAUCACCUGGCCUCCAGUAGAGGCUACACGAACGUCUCUAAAGAAGCUUUUCUCUAUCUGGUUCGGCACUUCCACGAGGUGUGGAAGAACAGCCCCCAGUUCCAGGCUCUGACACCAGAGGAGCUGAUGACCAUCCUGGAAGAUGACCGGCUCUACGCUCCCAGCGAAAUGGGAGAUACGUUCAGCGCCAUCCUCAAGUGGGUCUCCACCGACGUCGCCGAGAGAAAGGCCUACCUCGCCAAGCUGCUGCCGCUCGUGCGCUUCUCGAGGUGUUCUUGCCCGUGA